CUGUGGUCCGGACUAUAGCUACAAUUGCUGGGGCUGGUCAGGAUGAAGUCUGUCACUUCUUGGUCUUUUCUGGCAUGGGUCCUGUCCUCCACAGUCGCGGCUGUGACCAUCAGUGAGAUCAAUGGCAAUGCGUACAUCUCGCCCUAUAAGGGUCAAAGUGUGACCGGAGUGGAGGGCUUGGUGACUGCUAAAGGAAAGAGUGGCUUCUACCUUCGAUCUACGAGCCCAGACACAGAUGAUGCUACGUCGGAGUCAAUCUAUGUGUACGGAAGCAGCUCAGUCUCGAAGGUUACUGUUGGAGAUAUUAUCACGCUGAGUGGAAAGAUCUCGGAGUACCGUUCUUCGUCGUCCUAUGUUUACUUGACGGAGAUCUCAUCGCCUUCCAGCAUUACCAUCAAGUCGAGUGGAAACGAUGUGACCCCGGUUGUAAUCGGACAGAAUCGCUCUCCCCCAACGGUACAGUACUCUUCUCUGGAUGGCGGGGACGUCCUGGGGCUACCAAAUAAUGCCAGCCAGAUCUCUGUUGCGAAUCCCUCUCUGCAGCCAGAACUGUAUGGGAUGGACUUUUGGGAAAGUCUGAGCGGAGAAUUGGUUUCGUUGACUGGGUUAACUGCUAUCACAAAACCCAACUCCUAUGGCGAGUUUUUCGUAUUGGGGGAUUGGAGUUCAACCGGCCGGAAUGAACGCGGCGGACUCACCAUGAGGGCAAAUGACUCUAACCCUGAAGCUAUUAAGAUUGGUGGACCCUUGGAUGGAACCAGUAAUCCUAAAGAUACCAAGCUGGGCGAUACCCUCAAGGAUAUUACUGGUGUUAUUCAAUAUUCUUAUGGAGUGUAUAUGGUUCUCCCAUUGACAGCUAUUACAGUCACUGGGUCUAACUCUACCAACGCAUUACCAACAGUACUGACCUCGGAUGGCACCUGUAGUGCCAUUACUGUUGGAGACUACAAUGUUAAUAACCUCACGCCUAACUCUUCGACUAUCACUGGUAUUGCUGAUCAUAUCACUCACUAUCUCCGCAGUCCUACUAUUGUUUGCCUCCAGGAAAUUCAAGAUAAUAACGGUGCUACUAAUAAUGGAGUCAUCGACGCUAAUUUGACUCUUUCAACCCUCGCAAGUCUAAUUGCUUCUGCUGGUGGUCCAAAUUAUAACUUUAUUGAUAUUCCCCCGGUUGACGGCCAGGACGGCGGACAACCCGGCGGUAAUAUCCGCGUCGCCUAUCUAUACAAUCCCUCGGUUGUCAAAUUACAUAACCCCAACCCGGGAUCCAGCAUGGAUGCGAACGAGGUGCUAUCGGGACCGGCAUUAAAAUACAACCCUGGUCUUAUUGCUCCGUCCAAUGCUGCCUGGGACAGCAGCCGCAAGCCCUUAGCAGCAGCCUGGGAGACUCUUGACGGCAAGAACAUCCUUUUCACGAUUAACGUGCAUUUUACUAGCAAGGGCGGUGGCUCGUCUCUGCAAGGUGAUCCCCGCCCACCGGUUAACGGAGGCGUGAGUCAACGCGAGUCCCAGGCAGAACUUGUUGCUGCUUUUGUCUCUGAGAUCCUGGCCAAGGACUCCGAUUCCAAGGUCCUGGUGACGGGGGAUUUCAAUGAGUUCUCGUUCACGCAGCCACUUAAGAAUUUUGCAGAGAAGUCUGGCUUGCGGGAAAUAGAAGAUGUUGUUGGCUUGGCUGCUACCGAGAGAUACACCUAUCUUUAUGACUCCAAUUGCCAGCAACUCGACCAUAUGUUUAUUAGCCAGGGUCUUACCAAUGGCGCCGACAUCGAACACAUCCAUAUGAACACCUGGGUGUCGUAUGGCGAUCAGCAAUCAGACCAUGAUCCCAGCGUUGCCUUGUUGAAUAUCUGUUCUGGAAAAUGCUAAGGUGGAAUUUGAAGAGAGCAAGGGAAUGCAAAGCAGGCUUUUGGUACAUUCUACUAGAAUGGUAUGAUUCAAUUCUAAAACAUGUCGCCAAUAUACUCUUUAUCCUGGUGUAUCAAUAGAGAACAUUUGAAUUUCUAGAGAUCACAAUCCCUGAUAUUCAGCCAACAGUUUACCGUCACCUCCAACCAGUGCCACACCCAGCCUCUUAUCUUCAGCAUUUAAGUAGGCAUGUCCAUCUAUUCUUCUGUUCUUAGAACAGUCCAGCUUCUGUUAGCCCUAGUAUGUUCUAUACAGAAUAAAGAAAGAAAACAAGUUUCUUAAGUUUGUAAAUACUGUUGCGAC